UUGUACAGGACAAGUGGAAGAGGGAAAAAGUCUCUUCCCUGUAUAGACAGGUGUUUUAAAUAGCAUCUCCUCUGGAACAAUUUCAAACGUACACACUGACACAUGAGAUGAGUAGGCUCAACACGAUUAUGUAAGAGUUUCAUACCAGCUUUAGCCCAUGUAUUUUGCCUCUUCCUUUUCCAUGGAUUUACAGCGUUUGACUUUUCCCAUGCUCAUUUUCCCUUCGUUUUUGGAAGCGUCUACCAGAGGGCAUGGAUGUCAGAGUGUGACCCUGUGCCGAGAGUGCGGGCGAGGCAAGGUGUUUUGGCUGCCCAGGUGCUUUUAAGAUGUUGAGGUCUCCCUGCGUGGCCGGGGCCCCUGUUCGGAUCAGUAGCACUGAGGCUCCUUGUAGCCAAAGACAUGGACCCCGACUCGGCUCCCCCACGCCCUCAGCCUGUUGGCCAUUGGCCCCACGUCGCCCUGUAAAGGAUGUCCCUCAGCAGAGCUCCGGCCCGGGACACCUCUGAGACCCCCAGCCCGAGAGAACGCAUCCGCAGCCACAUGAAGAUGGUGAUCAGCCAGCUGGAAGGCAUCCUCAUAGAGCUCAAGGAUGUGGCCAAGGAACUCCGGGAGGUGGUGGGUCAGAUCGAUAAACUAACGUCCGACUUUGACUUUGACCUGGAGCCAGAUGACUGGACGGUGGCCACAGCCAGCAGCACGUCCAGCAGCGAGCGAGGUUUGGGAGAGGCCUUCAGGCUGGACUUCCUCAAUGCAGAUGUGCUUUCUGAUAGCUGGGAGUUCUGCAGCUACCUGGAGGCAGCUGGCGCGGCUGCCCGCCGACCUGGCGAACACCCAGGAGAUCCGCGAUCGGAGCUGGGCCGCGGGACCAUCCCCACCCAGACGCAGACCCCCACCCCGCCCCCCACCACUGCCUCGGUCUACUCCCAGAUGAACGGCGGGCUGCCCAUACCCAACGGGCCCCGCAUUAUUACUCCAGAUUCAUCCAGCGAGGAGGCCAGCAGCUCCACGCACAGCCACAAGACUUCCCGUACCUCUGGCACAAGAGAAAGAGUCCGCUUCAGUGACAAAAUUCUGUACCACGCGUUGUGCUGUGAUGAUGACGAGGAGGAGGAGGAGCAAGAGGAAUUACAGGAGAACAAGAGUGGCUGUGCUACACCAGAUAGCGAUAGCGAACCCAGUCUGCUGACAAGCUCAGUCGCCCCAAAACGUUCUUCCUCUGAGCACUCACUCCUCCAUAACUGUCUGGACCCUUCCUAUGUCUCCUCGCCAGUGAAGGGGACGACGGGAGCUCACACACUACCCAGGAAAGGUCUCUUAAACCCCGGCUGCCGCAAAAAACUGUUACGAAAUAGCAGCACACAAACUGUCUCUGACAAGAGCACCCAAACUGUACUGCCCUAUAUUCCAACCAAACAGAAAACAAAGGACCACUGAGAAAGCCCCAAGUUUAUCAUAAAUCUCAUGAAGAGGACUGUGCAUUAUUUAAUAUUAAAUACAUAGCUCAUAGAUUAAUACACAAAUAAAUUAAUUACUAAAUAAAUAAAUGAUAUAUGGGAAAUCACUCGACUACCUAAAGUUUUUCUGAGGCUCAGGGAAAACACGAUGAAAUGAGGCA